AUGGGGAACAAGAGGUUCAGGGCUGAAAAUGCAGGGAAGCCAACUUCCGUCGAAGCUACUAGAAUUUGGGCGUCCAAGGUCAUCGACGACUUUCGAGCUUCCGGGAACGAAGUUUACACGUUUGAGCAUAAUCUUUCAAAUAGCGAGCGUGGCGUAAUUCAUCAGAUGUGCCGGAAAAUGGGUAUUCAAUCGAAAAGUUCCGGGCGUGGGGAUCAAAGGCGGCUUUCGAUAUAUAAAGGCAGGCACAAAAAUGGAAAGAAAGAUGAGAAAUCAAAUAGAGAGAAGCUUAAAUGUGUGUCAUUUCCGCCGGAGGCAGAUGCUAUUCUUCAGGAGUUGUUUACUCACUACCCGCCUUGUGACGGAGACACUGCCGCAACGUCAUUCAACAAGUACUCUGGGAAAUCCGGUAAACAAGGGCAGUGGAACGAUGAUUUUUUCCGGAAACCGAAAAGUAGCAGUGAAGAGAUCCUUGAGAAAGUGGCAUCUCUGAGUUCUAGGCUUAGGAAGGAUAAAGCUCUUCAGGAGAUCUCUAAGCUGCGGUCAAAGCUUCCCAUCACAUCUUUUAGAGAGGCAAUUACAUCUGCGGUGGAAUCCAAUCAGGUUAUUCUCAUUUCUGGUGAAACUGGUUGCGGGAAAACUACUCAGGUCCCUCAAUAUCUUUUAGACCAUAUGUGGUCAAACAAAAGAGAAACUUGUAAAAUUGUUUGCACCCAACCUCGUCGUAUCUCCGCUAUGUCAGUAUCUGAAAGGAUAUCCUGUGAAAGAGGCGAAAGCAUUGGAGAAAACAUUGGUUACAAGGUUCGACUGCAAAGCAAAGGUGGAAGACACUCAUCAGUUGUUUUCUGCACGAAUGGCAUCCUCCUUAGGGUGCUUGUUGGCAAAGGCUCUGCUAGCUAUGUAUCCGACAUAACUCACAUCAUUGUGGAUGAAAUCCAUGAAAGGGAUUGCUACUCCGAUUUCAUGUUGGCAAUUAUAAGGUAG